AUGCCUCGCCACGCCCUUCUCCCGCCGCGUCUCCGUCUCGCGCUGCUGCUCGCAGCAGUCGCCGCGUGCGUCGGCGCAUUGGUGACUGUAACGGGGUCGCAUCUGGUGGGGCGGGAGUGCGUGAGCAGCUUCCCGCGGCUGUGCAAGUUCGUGGACGAUCUGCGCGACUCCAUUCCCGAGCAGAUCGACGCCUCCUCCGCCGCUCCCAUCCGCAUCGGCGCCUACCAGAUCCGCCAGAAGCUGCACCGCGACCUGCCGCCCACGAAGCUGUACGCGUAUGGUCGCAGCGCCGCCACCGCGCACUACCCCGGCCCCACGCUCGUCGCCCAGCGCGGCGUGCCCACCGAGGUGUACUGGGAGAACCACCUGACGGAUCGCCACCACAUGUUCCCCGUCGACUACACACUUGACGACGUCCCCCGCCCGCUGCUGGGCGGCAUUCCCAUCGUGACGCACCGGCACGGGGGCGAGCAGGCGUCCUUCUCAGACGGGCAUCCCGAGGCGUGGUUCACCCAAUACAGCGAGGUGGGGCGCGCCUUCCGCACGCGCCUGUACCGCUACCCCAACCACCAGCUGCCCACCACUCUCUGGUACCACGACCACACCGUCGCCAUCACCCGCCUCAACGUCGCCGCUGGCCUCGCCGGCUUCUUCGUCCUCACGGACCCGCGUGGCGUGGAGAGGACCCUCCAGUGGCUGCCCCAGGGGGAGUUCUGCGUGCCGCUGGUGCUGUCGGACCGAAGGUUCUUUGCUAAUGGGUCGAUUGAUUACCCGAGUCAGGGCGUGGUGCCGCGCGUGCACCCCCACUGGGUGCCCGAAUACCUCGGAGACAAAAUCCUCGUCACCGGCAAGGUGUGGCCGUAUCUGAGCGUGAGGAGGGCGCUGUACCGCUUCCGGGUGUUGGGGGCGGCCAACACGCGCUUCUUCAAUCUGCGCUUCGUCUGCGCCACCCCCCGCAACUACCCCCACUUCACUCCGCCCUUCUCUGGCGACAAGCUGCCCAUCAUUGUGAUCGGGUCGGACGGGGGAUACCUUCCUCGCCCGGCAGUGCGCACAUCCCUGCUGGUGGCGCCGGGGGAGCGGUACGACAUUCUGGUCGACUUCUCCUCGCUGCGCUCCUCCUGUGCUGACGUCAUCCUCACCAACGACGCCCGGGCGCCCUUCCCUGCGGGCGAGCCAGUGACCAACGACACGGCUGUCGUUAUGCGCUUCAUUGUCGACCACCACAGCGCCCGCCUGCCCGCCCCGCGCAUCCCCAACACCCUCGUUCCGGUGCCCCCCGUGGACACAUCCCAGGUGGUGCUGGAGCGGUGGAUCACUGCUGUGGAGGAGAGCGACCCUGCCACCGGGCUGCCCAUCCGCCUGCUGCUGGGCGGCCUGCCCUACAGCGCCCCGCCCACUGAGACGCCCCGGGAGAACACGGAGGAGCUGUGGCAUCUGAUCAACACCACGCCCGACGCGCACCCCAUCCACCUGCACCUCAUUCAGCACCGCCCGCUGUGGCGCCGCCCCUUCGACCUCGCCGCGUACAGCAGCGGCGCCUGCUCCUUCACCAACGCGUCGCUGCCCUCCUGCUUCACUGCCGCCCAGCAGCCAGUGGCGGCGUAUGAGCGCGGGUGGAAGGACACCACCAUCCUGCCGCCCGCCACCGUGCUCACCCUCUGGACGCCCUGGUACUCCCAGGACGGAACGCCCUUCCCCUUCGACGCCACACGUGGGCCGGGGUACGUGUGGCACUGCCACAUUCUGGAGCACGAGGACAACUCCAUGAUGCGCCCCCUCAUCAUCACCAAGUGA